AUGGGCACAUUGAUCUUUGUGGCUUUUGCAACCGGUGUCGUUGCCCAGACCUAUCUUACAGAGGGCGGCUUCGGUCUAAUGCUAGAUCUGAGCGUGGGCUAUGCAGCCGCCUGGAUUCUCGGUAAUUGCAUCGCCGGUUCGGAGAGCAUGACCUUCCUAAACCCCGCGUUGGGUCUUGCAAACGCCCUUGUCGGACGACUGAACUUCAUCAAAAUGCUCCUUUACUGGCUGGCAGAGCUAAUUGGCGGUUUCCUUGGAGGAUUACUCGUCAUAUUGAUAUACUGGGAGAAGAUACAAUCUUUUGCGCAAAAAUUUGACGGUGGGGAGCUCCGAAUGAACACUACGGGUAGCGUGUUGGUGGGCUCUGUUAACGCAGAUCUGGUGACCCUAUUUAUCGACCAACUUAUUGUCGGCAGCGUCAGCAUAAUUGGCAUGAUGGCGGCAAUAGACAAAAAUAAUUGGAACCUGCCGCGAUCCAUGAUUAUCUUCUAUGGAUCGUUGUUGCAGUUUCUCAAGUACAACGACUUCUCCGUGAACACCUCUGCGAGCAGCAAUCCAGCUCUCGACUUGGGACCCCGGCUGGCACUACUCUGCACCGGUAAGUAUCUCUACUCGAAGUGUUAGCAGACAACAACAACAACAACAACGAUGUGCCACCCCGAAUUCGCACAGCAUGGUUUAAGAGAAGGCUGUUGCACUCAUUUUUUUACGCCGCUUGUAUUAGCAUAAAUUCGUUCAUCAAGAUCCUGGAACAGAGAAUUGAAACAAAAUGCACUGGCACCCCCAGACAAAUAUCAUUCUGCAAACGGCAUUUGAAGAAAAAACAUAACGAUUAUGAACUUUAAACGUCCUAAAAACCAGUUUCAAAAAUCUACUGAUAUAGCCAAGUCGGCUAAUAAUUACUUUUUCCUAAUGCAGUUUUCAGUAAGGGAUAAUGCUGGAUAGUGCAAGGAGUGUAGGUUUCAACGCGUAAAUAUUCAGAAUGCAGUUUCUUAAGGACCUCCCGGAAUUUUAAUCUUUGCGUUUACAAACCAGGCUUUUUCGUUUAGUGAAAAAGGUCCCAGGAAAUCUGGGCAUAGUAGAUUAGAUCAUUUAAAAUACUUUGAUUUAAGAGACAAACCGCCUUUAGCAGGAUAUCCCUAAAAAAAACGCGGCAACUGCCACCCCGGUCUAUAUAAAUUAUGUUGAUCAGGAACAACUUACUCUAUGACGGUUUCAUGUACCCAAAUCCAAAAUGUCCUUUCUUUCGACCGACACGCACUACGUGAAGGAGGAUUGGUACGGUCCGGUGGCUUCCGUACCUGCAUCCUCAUCGAACGAACUGCCUGACAACGCAAAAACCUCGCCAGUACCGUUACUACACCCUUUAAGGUCGUCGAGAUCAAAAACGUAUUCCAGCGUCUGUACGAUGUCUUUGUACGGCACAGCCAAUGCCUGAGCCCACAAGAACAUGUCGUAGGGAGCGUCAACUACAUGUGCCCGUUCAGUCCCGAUCUGUUACAGCAAGCUUUCUUAGUAGCCUGACUGCGUUGGAAUCAUCAGAAAAAAAACUAUAUGAUUACCUUGGCUCUUAAUGUACUUUACUUUUUAGGUUGGGGAACAAACGCUUUUUCGUACGGCAACUACGCCUUCGUUGUCUUCCUCUUCACACCCUUCUUGAGUGCCAUUAUAGGCACACUAAUGUACGAACUUCUGAUUGGCAUUCAUCUUCCGGGAGCUGGUGAACAUUCCCGGAAACCGGAUGGGACGCCACGGAUCGAAAGUCGAAAUUCCGAUGAAUAA